GCAGCCGACCGGCAAGGCUGCUCGCUAUAAUAGCACUAUGCCUGCCGGCGGCGGCGGCAGCUCGCUCGGCUCCGCCGCGGCCGCCGCGCCGCGCAUCCCCAUCCUCAUCCCCAUCCCCAUCCCCAUCCCCAUCCUCAUCCCCACCCUGCUGCUCCUCCCGCGGCCGCGCCGCGCCUGAGGGGCCGCUCCCCGCCCGGCGCCGCCGAGCCCGGCCCGCGGAGGCGGCUCCGGCCCCAUGGAGUGCUACUACAUUGUCAUCAGCUCCGCGCACCUCAGCAACGGGCACUUCCGCAACAUCAAGGGAGUUUUCCGCGGCCCCCUCAGCAAGAACGGCAACAAAACUCUGGAUUAUGCUGAAAAGAAAAACACGAUAGCAAAAGCUCUGGAAGAUCUUAAAGCCAACUUCUACUGUGAACUGUGUGACAAGCAGUACUAUAAACACCAGGAGUUUGACAAUCACAUUAACUCUUAUGAUCAUGCUCACAAACAGAGACUGAAGGAGCUGAAGCAGAGGGAGUUUGCUCGGAAUGUGGCAUCCAAGUCACGGAAGGAUGAAAGGAAGCAGGAGAAAGCCCUCCAACGUUUGCACAGGCUAGCUGAGCUAAGGAAAGAGAGGACUUGUGCUCCUGGAAGUGGCCCUAUGUUCAAAUCCACUACAGUGACUGUGCAGGAUGAUUGCAAUGAUAUCCCCAAAAGUGCUGCUGUGGAUUCUGCCAGGAGCCAGGAUUUCAGCUGCACCUUAAUGCACGAUGCCCAGAAUUGCAAAGACAUUGCCUCUGUCAUUUCUGCCGCCCCAGGAGAUGCAGGCAGUCAUCAGUCUGACCCUAACAAAUGUGGAGAUCAGGUCCAAGGAGCUCAUGGACCCAGAGUUGGGUUCUCCUUUGCUUUUCCUAAGAAAGCAGCAGUCAAACUGGAGUCUUCAGCUGCCGUUUUCUAUGAGUUUAAUGAGGAAACCUCCACGGAGCACGGAUUUAGCAGAAGGAGCAGGUUUGUCCCAGGAACAUGUAACCUCCAGUCUCCUUCAGCAGCAGAAAUAGCUGUGUGCCCUGAGGAGAAGCACAGCUGUUUUCACCCACUGGUGGAGAAGUGCACGGACGCAGCAGAAGCUCCUGAAGCUCCGGAGCCCAAGGAGCUGGCCAGCGAGGAGAGCAGGGUGCUGGAGAGCCCAGCUGUGCCUGCUGCCAUGCCCCACUCACAGCUGCUGUCCCCAGGCACGGAUGGCCACGCUGUGGCUGUCAGAGGGGCCGAGCCAGGGGGGCAAAGCCUGCCCCUGGCUGCGGGCAGUGCCCAGCUCCUGCCCCUGGAGCUGCAGGCAGGCAGAGCUCCCGGGCAGGAACCCGAGGGGGACUGCUCCUCCCUGCAGGCUGCUGCAGGGGAACACUGCAGUGACAGGAACAGCCGUCCACCUGCAACUGAAACAGAAAUAAAAAACCCGGGGGCAGAUGCAGAAGAAGGGGGUGGAGCCCCAAAAAGCAAACCAGACACACACAAGCGGCCCUGCCAACCCUUUGUCCCUGUUCUUAGCAAAUAUGGAUCAAAUGUUCUUCAGUGGCCAUCAGAAAUGUUGAUUUACACAAGUACAGACCCAUCAAUUUCUUAUAGCUGUAAUCCUUUAUAUUUUGAUUUUAAGUCGUCGAGAGCCAGUGAAAGCCAAGAGAAGCCCAAGCAUCAACCAAACAUACCUCAUUUGCACCAUGAAACUGAAUCUAACCAUAUCUUAGUCUCAGAUUUUACAAAAACACCUACUUCAGAGAGUGGUGAUUAUGAAGCAGAAGUGGAUAAAAAUGUGUGCAACUAUACAAUACCCCUGUUAAGUGAUGUUUCCCUCUUCAGAGAUUGUGACCUUGCAAAAAAUCAAAACAAAGUGUCCUUGGAUGAGUCAUUCAGGAUUAGAAAAAUAGAAAAGUAUCACAUAUCUCAUAACCCCUUACGACAAAACACUGUGAUAGAUGAGAAAUACAACAAAGUCUGGAUCAAAGAGGGCCAUGAAAAAUGGCUUCACAAAAACAGAAAACGGAAAAGGAGAAGAAAAUUGUGUCAUUGUCAUUAUCAUCACUGUGGAGACACAACAGUAGCAGAAAUGGAGGUGUCUCCAGUGGCUGAAAAAGAAGUUACCUACAGAGAUGAAAAUAAAUAUCAGCACCUCCAAAAUGCAGAGAAGUGCAGACACGACACAGGAAAUAUCUGGUUAACUGCAGGUGAGGUGCAGCAGUCGCAGCCAAAAUGUGGCACUGAAAAUGGUCCUAAGAGAGUCGUGUCUGCACCAGAUCACAUGCACUGGGCCAGAGGCUGGUGUGGCUUCUGGAGUGCAAGGAGCAGUGGCCAGCACCACUGCAAAGGAGCACACAGGAGGAGCAAGGGGAGCUCCCGGAGGCACAGCCCCCGGCACCCCAAAACCUGCUGCAGCUGCAAAGUCAGGAGGUCGAGCUGCAGCCCCGAGCAGAGAUGUUCAGGACAGGGCAGUGAGGAGAAGGGGCCGAGUCACAACCAGCCCAUAAAGAGAGGUUACAGCGUUGUGAGAGAAGAAACCCCAGAGAAGCCCCGCCGCAAGCGGAGGCAGCACACCUACUCCUAUGCCUCGUCCUCGGAUGAAAGCUCAUUGCCGGCAGAGGAGCAUCUAAGGCAAGGACACGCUGUGGGUGCCUAUCACAAGGCAAAGGGGAAACGCAGGAAAAGGAGGGCUAGAAUCCAUCGUGUCUUCCUUGGCAGGAACGUAAGAAGCGAGAGCUCCGACUCUUCCAAAGAAAGUUCCGCGAAUUCUACGCUAAAUGUUUCGGGGGACUCAGUGGCUCAAGACAAUCUAGAGGAAGCUAAUGCAGCUCCCAGAGAUGAUGAUGGUGAUGAUGGUGCAAAAGAGAGGGAUGAAACAAUGGAGCUGGAGGAAAGCAAGCCGCCUCUAGAAGCUGCUGGCGCAGAGGUGCUGGGGGAGGAUAAAGCAGUGAUGGAGAGCACGGCGGGCACGCUGCCCGAUGCCAGCACAAGCUCUGCCGCCCCUGCCCCCGAGCGCAGCGCUGCAGCGGCUGCUGCCACACGGGGCGUCCCCCGAGAGGGACAGAAGCAGGAAAACGCCAACAGCCGUGAAAAUCAAGCGCGUUACAAAGCUCCCGUCCCCAGCAGGCCCUCGGAGCAAAGCCCCCCUAAAUCCUAUCUGUGCCACUACGAGCUGGCCGAGGCGCUGCCGCCCGACGAGGCGGGCGAGGCCGAGUGGGCGCAGUGCGGCCCCGCCGUGUUCGGCAGCCCGCCGCCGCUGCCCUUCAAAGAGGCGCCCCUCAGCACCUUCCUGGGCGGCGAGCAGCUCCGAGCCCCCUUCCCGCUGCCCGAGCAGGCGCUGCUGCUCCCCGCCGACGGCCGGGACAAGUUCAAGGAGCUGCUCCCCGAGCCCUUCGUGAAGGUGAAGCUGGCGUUCGCCCCGCCGGGCUCCGCGCUGCCGCCGCCGCCGCCGCCGCUGCGCUCCGCCUCGGUGACCACCAUCCAGCACACGGUGCUGCAGCAGCAGCACGGCGCCCUCAAGGUGCUGCAGCCGCCGCAGCAGUUCCUGUCGCAGGUGCCGGCGCUGUCCCGGGCCCCGCUGGCCCAGCUGGGGCUCUGUCCCGCCGCUUUCGUGGCGCCGCCGCCGCUGCCGCUGCUGCCGCCCUCGGUGCUGCCGCCCGCCCCGCUCGCCUUCCCCGCGCUGCCGCACUUCCCAUCGCUGCUGGCCCCGGCCGUCAUCCCCCUGCAGCCGCUCUUCUAGGGCUCGCACCUCCGGCUGCAGCCCCCUCGGGCUGUCCUGGCGGCUGGACUGGUUAAAAUUACCCGGGAAGCGUUUGCUGUAAGUAUAGUGAUGCAACAGACUUACUGUUACUAAAGCACUGAAUAGGCUGACACUAAUCCUGAACUCUAUAUAUAUAUGUGAAAAUCAUGUCUUAGAAUAUGUAUAAUGUAUAUAAAAUAUAUUUAUAGUUCUAUAACUUAUGUUGUAAAGUACUUACUUUUUUCGGUUUUUUUUUAAUCCUCGUGUAUUUGCACCUAUUUAAUGUUUAGACAAAGCUGAUGCACUAUGUUUUGUACUAUGUUCUCUGAAACUGUAAAUCUAGUGACAAACUAUCUCUUGCAAUAAAUUUUUGUUAACUACUCAAGUAUAUAAAAAAAUCUUUCAUUAUAUGCCUCAUGGACGUUGUUCUUCCAUGCCCUCCUGCAGCUGAAUAGCAUCCUCUGCCCCUGCUGUUGGGAUAACCAGGUUUCCUACACGUCAGUGAUUUAUCAGGGAGGCUCAGAGGCCAAUACCUUGAGGGCAGCUGUCUCACCAAGCCAC